AUGCGUGCCACCUACCUGUUUGGCUGCUAUGUCUUCUCAUGCUGUGCCUACGUCUGGUCUAUCAUGUCACCGCGUGAGCGCCACAUAUUGAUAUGUGCGUCCGGAAUAUUGAGCGCAGUAGUCGCCAUAAGGGUUGGGUUGGGCCGUCGAGGUUUCUGGUGUGUAAUUCCGCUAGGGCUGACUUCGUGUUUGUACUACUGCGCCGUGACAUUUCUGACACCAUUAUCGCAACAACAGCUGAUUCUUUUGUUCGGCAGGUAUCUUCCGCCCCUGUGGCUACUGAGCAUGCUGCUUCGUCGCUACCGCCUGCUGUUCCGCCCUUCGCUGAAGAUUGUUGAGAAAUCGGACAACUCUAGAGCCAUGGGACACGAGAUGGGAUGCCUCCUGGACCUGUUGAUUAUAUCUACACUCCUCCAGAUUUUCGCAAUGGUUCCAUUGAUAGGUUCCUUUUUGCUACGUCCGUUCUACAUCCACCACAUCAUGUGUUUUAUCUCGGUGCUAAUGGUGCUGCAUUGUGCGCUUGCGCAGUGGCUCAACAAGGAUUUCGAUCUGUCGCCUUUAGGCAGUGUGAAGACGUUGAUUGUCGUGUCGAUAGACACCGUAGUGAACCUUGCGGUGGGUUGGCCACGCAUCCUGAGCAGCCGCAUUUCCAGCAAGCGCAGAUCUGCAGGUUUUAUGGAUAUUUAUGGCGGCCGGGUACGCGCCGCUAUGUCACUAUUGUUACCCUCAGAGGAUGGCCGUUUUGCGCGCCUCAAGGGCUUUGCAACGGCUCUGCGUUGGCUGAGGUUGAUGCCCCAUCUGCUCGUUUUCCUGCUGCCAAGCAUUUUGUCAAGACUUUACUUCGCGUAUUUGACUUUGCUGUCGCCGAUAAUUCGCAGCGUGAUGCUCUACCAGGGUUGCAGCUUCAGGUCGCAAACGGUAGUUGCCCUGAACUUCAUGCUUGCGGAUGCUGCACGCUGGUUGGCGGCUUCAUCUACGCUUUCGCUCCUGCCUGUGCACGCAGUGUUGUGCCUGGCACUCCCGGUUUGCGUGGAUUUGAUUGUGCGCUACGUGGAAGGCGCUGGCUCGGGAGUGGGCCAUUACCACGCCGACUAA